GAAUUUGGAAACAACUGUGAUCACGGAGCUGCGGUGUUGGAAACAACUCAUUCCUCCCUCUGCUGCGCAGUGUUUCGCUUUCCCCAUGCUACCAGCCUACCAGUAGUCCAGUACCAGACCAGUCUUCUGCAAAACGCGUUGCGCGUUGACUUCUGUUCUGGGUCAUCGUCUACACCAAGAUUGGUUAAAUUGCAACACGCAAAUACCAAAACCUACAGCAAUUAAGCCCGUAACCGCAUCAACAGAGUCUCUCCUGACCUAUGUUCAGAACAAUGUAUCUUCCAUCAUCGCUUCUAUCUUUCUACUUCUUCCUCUCCUUACUUCUGUCUCUGUCCGAUCUCUCACACGCCCAACAAGCUUACGUUAACAACAAGCAGCUUAAUUGUUACAAUAACCUUUCUGUAACAAAAGGGUUCCUCUGCAAUGGCCCCCAAAAGUCUUGCAACUCCUAUCUCACCUUCCGCUCCCACCCUCCCUACAACAGCGCCGUCACCAUCGCCUACCUAUUAGGCUCAGACGCUUCAGACAUCGCCAAACUCAACAACAUCUCCGACAUCGAUACCGUGCCCAUCGACAUACUCCUCAUAGUCCCUGUGAAGUGCACCUGUUCAGGUAAUUUCUACCAGCACAAUGCCAAUUACACCUUGAACUCUGCGUCUGAGACCUAUCUUUUAGUAGCUAAUGACACUUACCAGGCCCUGACUACCUGCCAAGCCAUGAUGGACCAGAACCCGUAUGAAAGUCAUAACCUCUCUGUUGGUAUGCGACUGUUGGUUCCUCUUAGAUGUGCUUGUCCUACUAAGAACCAGACUGAAAGUGGUGUAAAGUUCUUGCUCACUUACUUGAUUAAACAAGGUGACAAUGUUUCUGCCAUUGGUCAGAUGUUUGGUGUUGAUGCAGAUAGUAUUAAUGAAGCAAACGAGUUGCAGGAGAAUAGUGUUAUCUAUUAUUUUACACCCAUUUUAAUUCCUCUUAAAACAGAACCAACCCCGAUCCAAACUGCAUCCCCCCCGACACUACCGCAGUCUCCGGAACAAUCUAUUGGCCCUGAUAAGGGAAGUAAGGCUUCGAAAAAAUGGAUUUUUGUUGGAAUCGGAAUUGGAGUUGGUUUACUUUUUAUGGCCUUGUCUGGGUUUCUGGUUUGGUUCACUCGUGUCCGGUCUCGGCAAAGCAUGCCAAUCCCAGAAGUCAAGAAGCUUGGAACAGACUCUGUCGACUACUCCGCCAUAUCUGAAAGCCAGCAAGUCGGGUAUGUUUCAUCUGAAGGGGUUAGAUAUAUAAUUGAGUCCUUGAUGGUGUAUAAAUUUGAGGAGUUGCAAAGGGCUACUGAGUUUUUCAGUGAAGACCACCACAUCAAGGGAUCUGUUUACCAUGGUGUGAUAAAGGGUGAUAAUGCUGCCAUAAAGAGGAUGAAAGGAGAUGUGUCAAAUGAGGUCAAUAUGUUGAAACAGAUCAACCAUUCUAAUGUGAUUAGGCUUUCAGGUUUCUGUGUGCAUGAAGGGAACACCUAUCUUGUUUAUGAGUUUGCAGAGAAGGGUUCGCUCAAUGAUUGUCUUCAUGAGAAGGGGUAUAAGAAUUCUUCUUCCCCUCUUGGAUGGAAACAGAGAAUUCAGAUUGCCCAUGAUGUAGCAGAUGGGCUUAAUUACCUUCACAACUAUAUCAGUCCUCCUUAUAUCCACAAGGACUUGAAGAGUGAUAACAUUCUCUUGGAUGGUAACUUUAGAGCCAAGAUUGCAAAUUUUGGACUGGCGACAAGAGUGGUUGAAGAAGAGGAAGGUCUGCAAUUGACAAGGCAUGUGGUCGGAACACAUGGCUAUAUGGCACCAGAGUAUAUUGAGAGUGGAGUGGUUACCCCAAAACUGGAUGUAUUUGCAUUUGGGGUGAUUAUGUUGGAGCUUUUAUCAGGAAGGGAUGCAGUCAGUGCCUCUGAUGAUGAGAAAAAAGGAGAUCUCUUAUUGUCUGCAGAAAUAAAACAAGUACUUGAAGGAGAGCAUGUAAGAGAGAAGCUGAGAGAUUUCAUGGAUCCAGUUCUGAGGCAUGAGUACCCCUUGGACUUGGCCUUCUCCAUGGCCCAAUUGGCUAUGAACUGUGUGAAUCAGGAUCUCUGUUCUCGACCAAGCAUACCUGAGGUCUUCAUUUCCCUCUCUAAGAUUCUCUCGUCUUCAUUGGAUUGGGAUCCAUCGUAUGAGCUUGAACGCUCCAGGUCUCUUGAGCUUGGAAAGUAAAGCAACUGUUCCACUUAUGAAGACAAGGUGGAAAGUUAUACAGGAUGGAGACUCUCUAUGGUAACAACCAUGCAUCUUGCAGUGAGCAGAACACAGUAUCUCCAAUGAAGCUACUCUUCUAAUACAUGCAGAAUUCAAAGAAUUUAUGCUCUACAGUCUGGAGUUCCUUGUUUAAAAUAAAGGGACGAUUUAUGCAAGUCUGCUAUAUCAGAAUACUGUCAUAAGAGCAAGAACAACUCCUUUAUUGUAUUUCUGUAUCAAUUUCGAUGCUUGAAGAGUGGGCAUUGGCUCAAACCAACAAUGAUUUCUUUUAGUUCCAUGGAAGUUAGAAAAAGAAGAUACUCAAAUUACCGUUUUUUAUUCUAGAGUUGCUUGUUGUUUUAAAUAAAGGAAUGAUGUAUGCAAGUCUGGUGUAUCAGAACAUUGUAUUUUUGUAUCAACUUCAAUGCUUGAAGAGGCAUUAUCUUUUUCUUUUAUCA